GCCCCGCCCUCCGGUGGGUCCGCCGCGCUGCCGCUGCCCCGUUCAGUCUCCAUGAUUUGACAACGGCAGAAGUGGCGAAUCCAUUUACCGAGGCGCGGCGCGGCGCGGCGCGGCGGAGAGGGAGGGAGGAAAAGGCUCGACUGCGAGUGGAUGUGCAGCGAUCUGAGUAGCGCCGCUCAGACGGCGGAGCCCGGACAGCAGCUCGCCUCUUCCCGCUGAAGCAGAGCCGGAGGAUUUACUUCUGUUUGUCGCAGUUCUUGUUGUUGUUGUUGUUGUUGUUGUCGCUGCUGCUGCUGCUGUUCUCCUGAAGAUGGAAAGUGCGCGGGCAGCGGUCAGGCCGGCUGAGGGCGGCUCUUCCACGGCAGGCGUGUGGAAAUCCAGCACGACCGAAAGCAGCAAGCCGAAGAAGCCCGGCGGCCCCUCGCCGAGUCCGGGAGUGGACGACGGCGGGGGCGGCGGCGGUGGCGGUGAGUCGAAGCCCGAGGUUGCCCGUAUAGACGCUCUGAAAGGCGGCCAGCGGUCCCCUCCGGGCGCCGAGCUGAGCAAACCCGCCUUGAGAGCUGCCAAAAACGGCCGCGGGGGUCCAGGCACCAGCACCAGCACCAGUUCCAGCUCGCUGCUUCUGAAAAGGCGGCGUCUGAAGAGGAACCUGUCAGCUGCCUCGGCCUCGACCAAGCUGAGCUCGGCCGCGGUGCCCUCCUCAUCGUCCUCCUCUUCGUCCUCAUCCUCCUCCUCCUCCUCUUCCUUGCACACACGCAGCCUGGACAGGAAGGCCCUGCUGAGACACCGUCAAGCCGCCGCCGUCCAGCUGCAGCCGUCUGACCGCCAGUGGGUCCGGGCUGACCUGCACCGGGGCGCUGUGCAUGUGCACGACCGGUCCUGGGACAAGUCCAGCCCCAGGCCCGUCCUGUGCACGCUGGAGACCACGGCAGGCGAGAUCGCCCAGCGUCUGAGCCAGACAGGCAGCAAGCUGGCGUCGGUGGUCCGGGUUACCGGGGGAGGUCGAGGUGGUGACCAUCAGAGCCGCUUUGAGCACUUGAGGCCGGAGAGCGACCGGCUCCACCUCUUCCUGUUUGAGAAAGACGAGAGCGACGGACGGCCCGAAGACUUCGGCCUCUACUCGCCCGAAGUGUCCAUCACGGCCAGCCCCUUGUCGCCCAAUGGCAACAGCGAGGGGUCGGUGCGGAGCUUGGGGUCCGCGCAGUCCCGGCUGGCCGAGCACCGAGACUCCUUGAGCGACGACAUGAUCCUGGGCACGGACGCGUCCGCCCUGAGCCCGCCCUUCGAGGGCCCGGACGCCUACGGAAGCUCCUCGGACGAGCUGGAGCUGGACGGGCCUGCGUCUGGAGACCCCAGCGACUCCGUGGCCCAGGACUCGACCAUUUUAACGGACAGAACGGACAUGAACGGGAGCGGGCUGGAGCCGCUGAGACUGGCCCCUGUCCUGCCGGGAUCUGGUCCCGGCUCUCCGGGCCCUUCUGAGCGCCUCUGUUUGCGGCCCGAGGCCUCGGAGGCGGAGGAUCGAGACACUUCGCCAGCGCUUUACGUGCAGCUCCACGGAGAGGCGGCCCGGCGGCUUGCCCGGGACGAGAGGCCCCUGCAGAUCCAGAACGAGUUCCUCUUCAAACUGGGAUUUAAGGAUCCGUGGAGAGUUCAGGAGGAAGGGAUGAACACCGAGCUCGGCUCUCUGCUGCGCUUCUACGCAGGAAAGCCUCACAACAUUGAGAGUUCGGAGCGCGUGCAGCUGUCGGGCACGUAUAACGUGCGCAAAGGCAAACUGCAGCUGCCCGUCAACCGCUGGAGCCGCCGGCAGGUCAUCCUGUGUGGCACCUGCCUGAUGGUGUCAUCUGUUAAAGCCAGUCAUGUGGGCAAGAUGCACAUCCUGCCCCUCAUCGGGGGAAAGGUAGAGGAGGUGAAGAAGCACAGCCACUGUUUGGCCUUCAGCUCGGCCGGGCCUCAGAGUCAGACGUACUACAUCAGCUUCGACAGCUUCACUGAGCACCUUCGCUGGCACCGCCAUGCAGCCAAGAUGGUCUCUCAGAGGAUCAGCUCUGUGGAUCUGUCCUACUGUAGUUUGGAGAAACUGCCCCCCAAUCUGCUCUACAGCCAGGACCUCACGCACCUCAACCUCAAGCACAACUUCCUCCCUGCUGACCACUCACUGCAGCAGCUCCACAGGUUCACUCGGUUACGGAGUCUGAACCUCUCCAAUAAUCAGCUGGGUGUUUUCCCUCUGGCUCUGAGCUCCAUGUCCACCCUGACUGAGCUCAACCUCAGCUGUAACUGCCUCAGCAGCCUGCACCCCAGCGUCGGACUCAUGAACAAUCUGCAGACGUUUCUCCUGGACGGUAAUCGGCUGUCGUCUUUGCCGGCUGAGCUAGGCUCUCUGCAGCGGCUGGCCUACCUCGGCCUCUCCUUUAACGAGUUCAGCGAGGUGCCGCAGGUCCUGGAGCGUCUGUCCGCCGUGGAGAGGCUGUGUAUGGCAGGAAACAGACUGCAGAGCCUCACCCUGCAGGCCUUCCGCCUGCUGCCCGUUAAAUACAUCGACCUCCGGCUGAACCAGAUAUCCAGCAUAGUUCCGGAUGAGCCCGACUUCCUGCGGCAUGUGACCCAGCUGGACGUGCGGGACAACCGGCUGAGUGAGCUGGACGCCUCGCUCUUCCCCCGGCUGGAGGUGCUGCACUGUCAGAGGAACCGAAUCGGCCACCUGCGGCUCCGAGGCUGCACGCUGAAGGCCCUUCACGCCUCUAACAAUGAGCUCCAUGAACUGGAAGUGAGUCCAGCCGCCUCCAACCUCACCUAUAUGGACGUCUCAAGGAAUCGUCUGGACGAGCUGCCGGACUGGCUGAGUGACAGUAAGAAGCUGGAGGUGCUGGACGUCAGUCACAACUGCAUUAGUGAACUGCCCCAGUGGUUGUUCUGCAGUAGCAGUCUGAGGAAGGUCCUGGCAGGCCAUAACCGACUACAGCGUUUGCCUGACCGAGUGGACAGGCCUGUGGUCGAGGUUCUGGAUGUCCAGCACAACCAGCUGGUGGAGCUGCCCUGCAACCUCUUCCUCAAAUCAGACAGUUUAAGGUGCCUAAAUGCCUCAGCCAAUAAGCUGGAGAGCCUGCCGCCCUCCAGCCUAUCAGAGGAGAGCAGCAGUAUUCUACAGGAGCUCUACUUGACCAAUAACCACCUCACUGACAAGUGUGUGCCUCUGCUGACUGGACACUCACACCUGAGGAUACUGCACAUUGCGUACAACCACCUGCAGACCUUCCCGGCCAGUAAAAUGGCAAAGCUGGAGGAGCUGGAGGAGGUGGACCUGAGUGGGAACAGACUAAAGGCGGUGCCCACCACCAUCCUGAACUGCAGGCGCAUGCACACGCUCAUCGCCCACUCCAACGCCAUCGAGGUGUUCCCAGAGGUCAUGCAGCUCAUGGACAUGAAGUGUGUGGACCUGAGCUGUAACGAGCUGAUGGAGAUCACGCUGCCUGAGAAUCUGCCUCCAAAGCUGCAAGAGCUCGACCUUACCGGAAACCCCCGACUCAACCUGGACCACAAAACCCUCGAGCAGCUCAACAACAUUCGCUGUUUCCGGAUCGACCCCCCACCGACUUCCUUCUCAGCCAGCGAGGCUGCAGCAGGUCCAGCUGUGUGGAGCCAUGGAUACACGGAGGCUUCAGGAGUGAAGAACAAACUGUGUGUUGCGGCACUGUCAGUGAGCAGUUUCUGUGGCAGUCGAGAAGCUCUGUACGGAGUGUUCGAUGGAGACAGGAACGUGGAGGUGCCUUAUCUGCUGCAGUGCACCAUGAACGACAUACUGGCCGAGGAGCUACACAGAACCAAGAGCGAGGAAGACUACAUGACCAACACCUUCCUCGUCAUGCAGAGGAAAUUGGGCACAGCUGGUCAAAAGCUAGGUGGCUCUGCGGUGCUCUGUCACAUACGGCACGACCCCACGGACCCAACAGGCUGCUUCACACUAACAGCUGCCAACGUGGGCAAGUGCCAGGCGGUGCUGUGUCGUGAUGGCAAAGCACUGCCACUGUCACUGCUGCACAACAUCGGCCUAGAGGAGGAGUACAGUCGUGUCCGGCAGCACAAGGCCAUCAUCACUGAGGAUAACAAAGUCAAUGGCGUGACAGACUCCACUCGCAUCAUGGGUUACUCCUUCCUGUAUCCUGCUGUACUCCCUCGACCGUAUGUCCACACGCUCACGCUAACUCCCCGGGAUGAGUUCUUCAUCCUGGGCAGCCGUGGUCUGUUUGAAGCUCUGGACCCAGACGAAGCAGUGGAGGCGGUACGUAAGGUUCCGGACGCUCUGGCUGCUGCCAAGAAGCUGUGCACUCUGGCACAGGCGUAUGGCUGCACAGACAGCCUGAGUGCUGUCGUAGUGCAACUGAGCGUGGCCGAGGAUUGCUGCUGCUGCUGCUGUUCCUCUGCUGCGCCCCAGCCACCUCCAAGCCCCGGACCAGGCCUUUACCCACCCUCCUCUUCUGCGGGUGUACCACCAUCCUCCUGCAGUGAGAUCAGCUCAGAGGUCAGCGCCUCAGAGAUGAGCUCAGAAGUGGGUUCUACCGCUUCCUCAGAUGAACCACAGAUCCUGCUCCAAGAGGCCCACCUGCACCUCCACCAACAGACCCACCAGGCUCUGCAGCCGAACCCGAAUACCCGCCUCCUCCCCUGCUGCUCUCUCCAUCCAGCCUCCUCUGUCACGCCGGGUGCCACCUCAUGCACAGUGGCAACCUCCAUCAUGGCAGUGGCAAGCUCUUUCCAGCGGCAGCUGUCCAGUGCCACAUUCUCCAGCGCACUUUCUGACAACGGCCUGGACAGCGAGGACGAGGAACCCAUUGCUGGAGUCUUUUCCAACGGCAGCCGAGUGGAAGUAGAGGCUGAUAUCCACUGUUUGCACCUCCUGCAACCUCCUCCUCCACCCCCACCUCCACCAUCUACCCCUGAGGCUCCUGAAGAGGCUGGUCCCAUUGACCUGGUAGCAGAGAUGUCAGCAUCAGCCACUGUUAACAUCAGUCAGCAAGCUGAGAAAUUGGGCAACCCUGGGACAACCACCGAAGUUCCAAGCAAAACUCUUGCAGGGAAGAGGAGAGGGAAUGGCUCGGUGGCGCCUCAGGAAAGGAGCCAUAACCUCAUAGAGGUGGCCGCUGACGAGCCUUCUAAAAAGUCUGGGGGAUACUUCACGGCACCUGCACAGCCCGACCCAGAUGACCAGUUCAUCAUCCCACCCGAGCUGGAAGAGGAGGUGAAGGAGAUCAUGAAACAGCAUCAGCAGGAGCAGCAAAGGCCCACCAAGAGUGACCAGCCUACCGACUAUUAUGACACACCUCUCUAAUAAAAUACAUGUACUUGCAUCGUAGAGCAGGGAUCAUCCCUUCUUGUCCUGGAGAAUGGAGUCCAUCACAGUUAUGGGAAUCCCUGAUUUAAAACAUCAGGUUUAGUAGGUGUGAGAAUGCAGAGAUAUCACCAAACUGUGCUGGACUCCAAUGGUCUUAAACAUAAAGGUGCCUAAAAGGGUUCUUUGUAGCAAUAGAAGCCAUGGAAACAAGUUUGCUUUCCUAAAGAAGCUGUCAGUGGAUGGAACCUAUUUUUGAUAGAAAUAUGCAAACCUGAUAAACCUUUGUGAAGCUUAAAGAACCUCCACAAAAUGUAACCAUUUAAACGUUUUUCCUAGGUCUGCAUGACCAGGUCAAGACCCAUUUUGGAACCUUUAUUUUUAAGGGUGCAUGAAUAAAAUUGCAACCUUGUCCUUGGGAAACCCCGGAUGGUCUACAUUUUUGCUGCAUCUCCGCAUACCUAUACCAGAAGUUCAGUCCUUGAAAGAAGACCAAUCUGUGGACCAGUUGUCACCAACUCUGCUCCUGGAGAUCUGCCUUUCUACAGACUUUUGCUCCAACAAUUAUCGAACCCAACUGAUCCCUCUAAUUCAGUGGUAUCCAGAAAGGGCUGAUGCUGCCACACCAGCCCUUUGUGGAUAAGAUUGGACACCCCUGAUCUAAUUAUUGCCCUCAGAAGUCUUUGUAAGCUGAAAGACGUGAUUUAGAUUUGGGAUUGAGGUGAAAUCUGCAUUAAGGUAGAUCUCCAUAAGUAGGGUUGGUAACCUGCUGUGGACCAUCUCGGGGUGCCCAAGGAGUGGAUUGGAAACCAUUCCGAUAGAACAGUGGUACUUCAGUCCCGAGGAUCCACUGCUUUGUACGGAGUCAAAGAGUUGAUGAUUACCUGAUGAGCAGGAUCAAGUGUGUUGGGACAGUGAAUACAUAAAACUGUGCAAGACAGUGGAUCUCCAGGACAAGAUCUGCUUUAGUGCAGUUACCCAAUAACAUUCUUGGUGCAUCUCUGCACUGUUUACUCUGUGACCAAUCUGAGUACACAAAAGGGUGAAAUUAUUAGCCAGUAAGCUAAUUCAAGUAUAAAGAAGGGGAAGAAUGUAAAUUGUGCAGUACAGGUGUCCGAGAGGACUGGGAUUUGCAUUUGUAUAAAGGCCUGCUCCUUGACUUUUGCCACAGUGUCUAUAACCAGUGGCCAUUAACUCUGCUCCUGAAGAGCUACCUUCCUCAAGAAAUUAGCUCCAACCCUUAUCUACCCACCUGAUUCAUCUGAUUACUGCCUUCAGAAGUUCUCGAGUAGCUGAAUGAGGUGUGUUAGAUUCGGUUUGGAGGUGAAGGGUAGAUCUCCAGGUGGACUGUGGGUGACCACUGUUGGUGAUCACUAGUCUAAGUACCUGUUUCAGGAUUGGAACAGCACCCCUUAGUUCACUAACAAGCUCUUUUCCUUAAAGGAUGUUUGGCAGGAAAUCUUAAUUUUAAGAUUUUUAAGUUUUUUACUCAACACAGAUGUAGUUGAUCAGCCAAGAUAGUUCCGUGACAAGAUUUUGCUUCUUUAGCUUAGCUCUGGAGCUACAAAGCUAAUGUUGCCAACAAGCUCUAGAGGUCUGUAGUCACCCAGAUCUUUUCUGUGAACACAUCCCCUGAACUUCUCUGAACCGUCUAAAAACUCAUCCAGGUCUUUGGUUUAGGACAUGGUAUGGCUUACUGUGAAUUAUAAUAAAAUACAAAACUUCACCUUGUAGCCAAAGGCAGCAGUCAGCCAGUUUAGGAAGCAGGUGUUUUGUUUCCCCACACAGAGUCUGACUCCCCUCCAAUUCUAAGCCCGUUGUGUGCACAUGGAGCAACUAGUUAACGUUCUGUUUAUAAAUAUAUAGCUUCAAUUAAAAAAUUCAGGAUUUAACAGUAAUUUUAACACUGAAGAAACAACAGAAAUUAUUUAUGUAAUCUAGAGAGAAGUUUUGGGGAUAUAUUUGCAGAAAAUAUUUGGGUCACUAUUGAUUUCUAGUGUGUGUUAGCAACAUUAUAAACUACAGAAGCAGAAUUUGGACACUAAAGAUCUCGACUGAUCGGCUACACUUGGUUUAAAAGUACAACUGUGUAAUUUUUGGCCAAACCAUUCCUGUAACAGACGGAAGGAGAUGUGCUUAGUGAUAUCAGGUGUAGUGGUGUAUGGUUUGGAUCCGGUAGACUUGGCAGCUCUUUAUGGAAUCAAACCAAGUACUCCUGAUGUGGAAUUUGAUUAAUAUAAUCAAACCUGCCCACAAACGCAUCUUUGGAGAGAUACUAACAGACAUUUUAACCCUAAACAGUCUGCAGUACAACAGUGGCGUCCAGCAUCUUCAAGCUCGUGUGAAAGACGCCAUCGGGCUACUGCACCAUACAUCCGCACAAUACAACCGCAGCAACGACCCCGGAUUCCUGCAAGCCGACAAAUAGGAACUUACAUCAGCCAAUCCCUUUAAGAGACUUCAGCCCUGCCCUGCACACUACUUUGUGCCACACCCCUUUAAGAGCUCAAGCAGUUCACUACUGAUUUACUGACUGUUUAGCAUUUAUUUACAUAAAGAAACAGUAUCUAGAGUUCAACACUAGUCUUGCAAUGUUAACGCAUUACCACACGACCAAAUUACGGAUUUUGUUUUUUUGUUUUUUUGUUUUUUGUUUUUUUUUAACUUACCAUAUCUUUUUCAUGUGUGGAAAUGCGGCAAGAGACUUCUGAAAGAAAUGAUUUGGAAAAGAAGAAAAGAAAUGCUCAGAAUCGUUUUGUUUGAAAUGGAUGGUGAUGUGUAGUACACACCGAUAAUACCACGCUUAUCUGUUGUAGAUAGGGCACUUAUGUAAGACUGUAUUUCUUCACUAAAUCAAGGCUUCAGGCCUGUAAAAAAUAGAAAUUUAGUAGUAAUUUGGAAAGACUAACUCCUAGGAGUUGCUUACUCUUUUAUGGUGACCUAGUCACUUUUUUACUAAUCUUCUCUGCGAGAAAUGGUGAUUUUUUUUUUUUUUCUUUUUUCCAAUGAUUGUAAAUAAGAAAUAUUGUAUACGGAUGCUUUUUAAAGGAACUGUGUGUCUAUGACAAGCUUACUCCUUCCUCAUACAGGCAAGUACGCAUAUGUAUUCAGAGCAUAAACACAAAAACGGAGGACGUAAAACAAACUGCACAUUAUGCUCAGUCUCGUCAUCACUGUCCGGUUAAACACACACAAACAAACAAACACCUCAUUCUCCCUUUGUCACCAGCAUGACUGUCGAGUCCAGAAAUGCAAACAAAUUUAUCUAAUAGGAAUUGUAAGCAAACCACACAAAAAGUUCCUGUUUUUUGUUAUAAUAAAUCUUAAAUUUAUCAUUC